GCGCGGCGGCCGUCGGCACCGCGCCUGCGCACUGCGCCCCCAGCUCCAAGUUUGGAGCUUUGAGCUGCCAGCCCUGGCCCAUCAUGUAGGUGCAGCAAGAGCCUUCCCUACCAUUGCAAAGCGGGGGGGGGAAGGAAACCCCCCGGCGCUGCAGGCUGCCCUGCAAAGUGUGCAAUUGCACGGCUCCCCCCCUCGCCCCGCUGCAAGGAGAGCUGCUGCAGCAAGUCAGGAAAACUCCAGUUGCAUGAAGAUUGAGCGCUUGCAGUUUUGCAUCUUUGUUGCAAAACUAGCUCCAGAAGAGAGAGGCAAGGCAAAGUCUUUUGUGCUUCCCCUCCCCCACCAAAGCAAAGGGGAAAAUGUCUCAGUCGAGAGGCAAGAAGAGAAACCCUGGGCUGAAAAUUCCUAAAGAAGCAUUUGAGCAGCCACAGACAAGCUCCACGCCACCCAGAGAUCUAGACUCCAAAGCCUGCAUCUCUAUUGGCGAGAAGAAUUUUGAGGUGAAAGCUGAUGACCUGGAGCCCAUCUCUGAGCUGGGACGAGGUGCGUACGGGGUGGUGGAGAAGAUGCGGCACAUGCCGAGUGGGCAGAUCAUGGCAGUGAAGCGGAUCCGAGCCACCGUCAACAGCCAGGAGCAGAAGAGGUUAUUGAUGGAUCUGGAUAUCUCCAUGAGGACGGUAGAUUGCCCCUUCACUGUCACCUUCUACGGGGCGCUUUUCCGAGAGGGAGAUGUGUGGAUUUGCAUGGAGCUGAUGGAUACCUCACUGGACAAAUUCUACAAACAUGUCAUUGACAAAGGCCUGACGAUUCCUGAGGACAUCUUAGGGAAAAUAGCUGUCUCCAUUGUAAAAGCACUAGAACAUCUACACAGUAAGCUCUCCGUGAUCCACAGAGAUGUAAAGCCCUCUAACGUGUUGAUCAAUACGCAGGGGCAGGUGAAAAUGUGCGAUUUUGGAAUUAGCGGUUACCUCGUUGACUCGGUUGCUAAAACCAUGGAUGCAGGAUGCAAACCCUACAUGGCUCCUGAAAGAAUUAACCCGGAGCUGAACCAGAAGGGCUACAGCGUCAAAUCCGAUAUCUGGAGCCUGGGGAUCACAAUGAUUGAGCUGGCCAUCCUGCGCUUUCCCUACGACUCCUGGGGGACGCCCUUCCAGCAGCUCAAGCAGGUGGUGGAGGAGCCGUCACCGCAGCUCCCGGCGGAGAAGUUCUCAGCGGAGUUUGUCGACUUUACCUCGCAAUGCUUGAAGAAGAAUUCCAAAGAACGGCCAACAUACCCAGAGCUUAUGCAACAUCCUUUCUUCACCCUGCACGAAUCCAAAGAGACAGACGUCGCCUCUUUUGUCAAACUCAUCCUGGGAGACUGAGAACUGGACUUGUAAAUGAAUUGCCCUUCUGUGGACUGGAGAACUGGGGAGCUUCGCUAAUGACCAUCUGCUAAAUGUUCUCAGAGCCUCACAUGAACAUUUCUACUGAAGUGCAAAUUAUUAUUAGAAACCAGGGAUUGUUACUGGAUUGAUAUCAAAUCAUUGUCGACAGCUUCUCUGCAGGGAAAACUUAGGCUCAGCCAACAAGAACAAGCUGCAUGUUUUGAAGUUUUGCAGUUGAUUAUAUUGGCUUUCAUCUUCUGGUAAGAGGAUCCUCUGCCAUCUGAACUCUCUGAUCUCUGGGAACACAAUUCAUCCGAUCAAUCUGGAGGAAAAUAAACCUCCUCAGACAAAAAAAUAAAGUAUCCACCUGAGAUCCUGUGAAGAUGGAAGAUGUCAAUUCAUUCCCAGCCCCCAGUCCUUAACUCUUGUAAAGCCGGCGUGUCUCCGGCCCACCAGGCGAUGCUGAAGAGAAGGACAUAACGCACCGUUGCACAGCCUCGGUAUUGCAAAGAGCCUCGCCUGGGCUAAACUAUAAUUGAAAACAUGCGAAUAUUUGACAAUGAAAUUGGUGCCACUGAAGGCUUCUAUGGACUGUCUGAGGGAUACAUCUUGAUCUUGUGGCAGCACACGGAGAUUUGAGGUGUCAGGACAGAUUUCAGCUGUGGCUUCUUCCUGGUGUGAGCCGGUCCAGGCUGAAGGACUUCUCCUGAACCCAACCUACCGUAUUUUCUCCAUAGAUCAGCCUCAAGCUGCUCACCCAGUGCUGACAGCUGAUGGAUUUAGUUGCAAACUGAAUUUUGAGCACCAACUAGAUAGAAACCACCACUGGGUCAUCAUUGGUGUGUGCCCCAUCUGCCCAAGACCCAAAUGAGCUCCACUGAUGCUCUUACAGGGAGCCACUGUCUUAAAUGAGCAUGGCCUCCCAUCCUUUUAGUGUUUGGACUCAUCUGUUGUGUUUUCCCUGAGCUAGAAAUGGAGAGGGACGAUCGCUGGAGGCUACAACCCAUUACUGAGUAUUCAAUAGCAACACUGUCAAUAGGAACAAACAAGCCGAGAUGGGCUGGGGAUGGGGAUAAUUACAAGGACCAAGUCAUGAGGACCAGAAAGCUCUGGCUUCCCUUGACACUAAAAAGUGAUAAUAUAUAUCUGGUGAGGCUUAACAACAGCCUGGAGUCCUCCCCCUCCGAUACCAUUAUGUGCCAUUAUGGUCACUGUCUUAGUUCGCUGGAUUUAAGUACAAUAAAUGUGUUUUAAUGAUGCUGUUACUAUCCAA